CAACAAUAAAUCAACAAUUUGGAUCUAAAUCAUCAUCAUUUCUCUGAAUCGCGUUGAAUCCCAAAAACAAAAAUGUCUUACUAUUCAAGAGGUGGUAGAAACAACGACGACGAAAGCGUCGAUGAUUUCGACGAAUACGAUCCAACACCAUACGGUGGUGGUUACGACAUUCACCUAACUUACGGUCGUCCUAUUCCACCCUCCGAUGAAACAUGUUACCCUUCUGCUUCUUCCGACGAUCAUUUCGAUUACGAUCGUCCUCAAUUUUCCUCUCACUCUGAACCUUCUGCUUAUGGUGAUGAAGCUCUCGCUACUGAAUAUAGUAGCUAUUCUAGACCUAAACCUAGACCUGCCCCUUCUAAUUUCAAUCCUGGAGGAUCUGGCUAUGCUGGUGGUAGGAGGAAAGAUUCUGAUUUUGAAUCUGGGUAUGGUGGUGGCUCCCAGGAAACUGAAUAUGGGUCUGGUUAUGGUGGAAGGAAGCAAGAAUCUGAAUAUGGGUCUGGUUAUGGUGGAGGGAAUGAGGAGUCUGGAUAUGGAAGGAGGAAGGAGGAAUCUGGAUAUGGAUCGGGGUAUGGUGGUGGGAGGAAUGAGGAAUCGGAAUAUGGAUCGGGAUAUGGUGGUGGCAGGAAGGAGGAAACUGAGUAUGGAUCGGGGUAUGGUGGUGGGAGGAAGAAUGAAAGUUCGGAAUAUGGAGGUGGAUAUGGAAGGAGGAAUGAGGAAGAGAAUGAAGGGUAUGGGAGGAAGAAGAGUGAGGAAUCGGAGUAUGGAUCGGGGUAUGGUGGGAGGAAGAAGAGUGAUUAUGGGGAGGAAGAGAGACCUAGUUAUGGAAGGAGUGAGUAUGAAGAGAAACCUAGUUAUGGAAGGAGUGAGUAUGAAGAGAAACCUAGUUAUGGAAGGAGUGAGUAUGAGGUGAAACCUAGCUAUGGAAGGAGUGAGUAUGAAGAGAAACCUAGCUAUGGAAGGAGUGAGUAUGAAGAGAAACCUAGCUAUGGAAGGAGUGAAAAUGUGAGUGAGGAAGGUGUUGAGUAUGGUUAUGAGCGUCGGGAGAGGCGUGGUGAUGAUGAUGAUGAGGGUUAUGGACGUAAGAAAUAUGGAGACAAUGGCUCUGAUGAGGAUGAGGGGAGGAAGAAGCAUCACCACAAGAGUCACCAUCGCAAGAGUUACGAUGACGAGUAAACAAAACAAAAAUGGUUGCUGCGUGAAUGGAAGUCAUCCCAUAGUUACCUACUAAAUAAAGGGUUGACACAUGUCAUAAUAUACUAUGAAGUCUUGAGCUUUCAGAACUAUUGGUAUAAACUAUAUGUGAUGUUUUGUUGUUUGGCUUGAGUUAUAUAAUAAUAUCCCUAAUGUUUGAGUUGUUUGUGUUGGACUAAUUAUCUCUGAUGUGAAAAGUUUGAAUUCAAUUACGCAUAUGUUUGGUUUGACAGUGA